AUGGAGGGACGCGCAGACCCCUACAGGCUAGACAACAGCACCCUGACUGCCAUUAGCCGGCGCCGCCAGGUUGCACCUCAGACUAUCCAGGAGCUCAGUGAUGCUCUGGUCCAGAUCUGGGAGGAAAUACCUCAAGACACCAUCCGUCAUCUCAUUAAGAGCAUGCCCCGACGUUCUCAAGCAUGCAAACAAGCACGACAUUUCACUUUUUACACAUCAGUGGAAUUGCUACGUUAUCGUUACUGUGUAAAAGAAGCAGAGGUUAGUUUGAGUCGUUAUUUUUGUCACUUCCAUCGCUGUAACAGAAGCUGGUGUCGCUCCCCGCCGGACUGGAACAGUCAUCAGGUUAAAUGCUCCUUUCUUCUCUGUACAUCAACAACAUUCAUCUCCAGCCUCAAGUCCUGCUGUGGGCAGGACAAAAAGGGCUCGUCCACCCUGGACCUCAUCAGACCCCACUUAUACUGGGACAGGAAGGACCUGGCCAACCUGGACCACAUCAAACCAUGUUGGUACUGGGACAAGAAGGACUUGGCCCACACUCCGUCCCAGUCAGAAGGACUGGACCCUGCCACCGAGGCCCGGUACCGCAGAGAAGGCGCUCGGUUCAUCUUUGAUGUGGGCACACGGCUCGGGCUGCACUAUGACACUCUGGCAACAGGGAUUGUGUAUUUCCACCGCUUCUACAUGUUCCACUCUUUCAAGCAGUUUCCCAGAUAUGUGACAGGAGGAUGUUGCCUUUUCCUUGCAGGCAAAGUAGAGGAAACUCCAAAGAAGUGCAAGGACAUCAUCAAGACAGCUCGUAUCCUGCUCAGUGACACUCAGUUUGCACAGUUUGGAGAUGAUCCCAAGGAGGAGGUGAUGGUGUUGGAGCGCAUCCUGCUGCAGACCAUCAAAUUUGAUCUGCAGGUGGAACAUCCCUACCAGUUCCUGCUGCGUUAUGCGAAGCAACUCAAAGGUGACAAGAAUAAGGUGCAGAAACUGGUUCAGAUGGCCUGGACCUUUGUGAAUGACAGCCUUUGCACCAUGGUGGCCCUGCAGUGGGAGCCACAGAUCAUAGCAGUGGCUGUCAUGUACCUGGCUGGACGUCUCUGUAAGUUUGACAUCCAGGACUGGACCUUUAAACAGUUGUCCCUGCGCUGGUGGGAGCAGUUUGUUCAUGAUGUACCUGUGGAGGUGCUGGAAGAUAUCUGCCACCAGAUCUUGGACUUGUAUUCUCAGGCUAAGCAGCAGAUGCCUGAUGAAGGGAUGGGAACAGGAGAAACCCCCCCACCACCUUCCACCCUGCCCCCCUCAGCCCUGCUGUCGGCCAAGGCGGCCUCUCCUCAGACCAGCCCCAGACCACCCAGACCAGCUCCGCCCUCUCCUAAAGACGACAGCAAGGCCACUAAACUCCCAAAUCUAGAGCCUCCUCCACCUCCUCCACCGCCCCCACCUCCUCCAUCCAUAAACCCUGAUCAUAAUCCCUCUUCCUCCAACCCACCAGCCCCAGAUCUCCCCUCUGAACCAGCCCCCCCACCUUUACCCCACUGCCCUCCUCCACCACCUCCGCCCAUGGACAUUACCAGCUUCAACUCGCUGAUGUCCAGCGAUGGGUACCAGAAGCUGCAGUCCAUGAUGACGACAGAGGACUCCUGUUACACCACUGUACCCCAGGCCUGUGCCCCACCACUGGGCUACCACCACCAUUACCACUAUCCUCUGGCCCCCACAUCCUACCACACUCCCCCAAUCUCAGCCUAUAGCUACCUGCUUGCACCUCCAUCCCCGUCAGUCAUGGUGAUGGCACCUAGUUUGAGUAGUGCAUACCAGCCACCAUCAACUGCAGGACACAAUCAGCUUCCCCAUCCGCUUCCACCCAGGAUGCCCCCCAUGAGCGGGCUGAGUCGGGGUACAUGGAUGAGAUGAUUACCACCCAGACAAGGGAAGGUUCAGAAAAGUUCUGACUGAUCAAUCACUACUGUAGAAAAUGUUAAACAUUAUUACGGUACCUUUUAUGAUCAAACAUUUCCAGUGUCCGUGGUUCCUCAGACACUCUUCAUUAUAUUAUAUAAUAUGGAACAGAUAAGAAAAGGACGUGCUGCUAAUUUGUGUUAGUUUCUAUGCUUUUUGCAGUUCUCAAAAUAUGUGUUGUAAAUGUCAUGUCAUGUCUUCCUUUGAGUCUCUUCUUUUUUUGCUCAACACAUCAGGAGUAAACAGUGUUCACAUCUGUUUUUAUCUCAUGUCCAGUUUAAAGACUGGGAUCACUGCUUUUCUUUUGUGUCAGAUUUUUCAAUUUGGAUAUUGCUGAGUUAUAUUCUGACAGCAGAUAUGGAGUUUCAUACUGUUCCCUUUUUAUUCGCAUAUAAAAGAACGCAGCACCGUAAAAGGCAGCUUUUUUUUUUUUUUUUUUUUACAUUGUUCAUCCCAUUAUGUUUUUUUUCCUGUGGAAAUUGUUUUAUAUUUCAGAACAAUCUACAGCUGUUUCACUUCAUGGGUUGGGAAUGAGUUUCCUUUAUCUCUUUUUAUUGAAGUGGUUUGUUUUUAUUUACAAACAAAAACCUGCUGGUGCCAACCAAAAUCAGUUUGUAUGUAAACAUGUAAUGUGAAUAAUCAUACCCUUUUAAAAAAUGCUGAGGAUGUUUUUUUACUGUAAUAGUGCAGUAAACCACAAACUGUAAAUUGUG